GCCGCCCGAGGAACCGCGCGGGCGCUCGGCCUUUAAGGAGCCGGCGGGGAGGAGGGGGGCGGCGCGGCGGUGAAUGGGGUGCCGCGAGGCCCGGCUCGGCUUUGUGCGGCCAGCCCGCCGGCACCCCGCGCGGCCCCCGCCUCGCCUCGCCUCGCCCCGCCCUGCCCCUCGCGACCCCUGCUGCCGCCGAGCGGAGACCCGGCGGCCGCCGCGGAGUCGGGCUAGAAGGACGCAAGGCAUCCCUGGAAUAGCCAGAAGUUGACUCCAUCAUGGCGGAACUCAAGGUGGAGACCCAUGCCGGCGUGGACUGGCAGAAGCGCUGCCUGGCCCUGGAAACCCAGCUCUUCCGGUUCCGCCUGCAGGCCAGCAAGAUCAGGGAGCUGCUGGCCGACAAGAUGCAGGAGCUGGAGCAGAGGCUGCUGGAGGCAGAGCAGAGGGCCGAGAACGCAGAGACCCAGGUGGGUGUGAUGGAGGAGAAGGUGAAACUGUCCAAUCUGAAGAAUGUGGACUCAGCAGGCAGCCUGCACCGGAAGUACCAAGAACUGCUGAAAGCCACGCAGGGCAAAGAUGAGCUCAUCAGCCAGCUGCAAGCACAGCUGGAGAAGCAGAAGCAGAUGAGAGCUGAAGAAGCAAAAGUUGUCCAGGAAAAAGCUGCAAAGAUCAAAGAAUGGGUGACCCUGAAGUUAGCAGAGCUUGAGAUGGAGAAUCAGCACCUGAAGAGCAGUAAUCAGCACCUGGUGGAGCAGGUGGGAGCCCUCCAAGAUGCUCUAGAAGCUCUUCAGAUGGCACCUUCGGGGAAGCUGCUGGUGGCCGCCCAGGAAACCCCAGAGCAGGAUUCUGCCCCUUCAGGGCCAGGGGCGCAGCCGGUAGGGCAGGACAGUGGUCCCCAGGCCCAGGGUGCCCUGAAGGCCUCUCUGCCUGCACCUUCCCCAGGUGCUCUGCAGAGCAAGGACUCUGGUCCUAAAGAAGGAAUUUCCCUGGAGGAUUCUAGUUCCAUCGUGGUCCAUCCUGGGGAAAUAGAGGCCAAGACCCUUCCACCUCAUCUGGGAAGGGAGGGCUCUGCCCGCCGGUUGUGCAUGAAGCCUCGCACCCACAGACAUGGUUCGGCUUCCUGGGGGGAGGGCCUGGUCACUGCUCAGGGAGGGACACUCCCUGGGACGAAGAACUCUGCCAGGGAAGGUAGCCCGGGCUGCAGCCUCACGCUCCCAAAGGUGCGGGUCCCCAACACCCCCCGGGACAGCAUCCAGCUGGUCAAGCGGCACUACAGCCAGCCCCAGGUGGGCCCUGAGCGCUUCAACCACGUGGUGAGCAUCGAGAUUGGGACCCUCUCAGCCCUCCACCCCUCCAGCCUUCCUGAGGCCGAGGCCCGAGCCGAGCUCCGGGAGGAAGGAGAGAACGUGGAGAUGGAGGAGCAAGCCCCAGCGGGGAAGAAGGAGGAGAGAGAGAGCCCGGAGGCCCCCAGAGCUGAGCUGGAGGAAGUGGAUUUGGGCAACAAACCCCCCACGCCCCCCCUGCACCGGUUUCCAUCCUGGGAGAGCCGGAUCUAUGCUGUGGCCAUGGCUGGCAUGAGGCUCUCAGAUGCAUCUCCCAGAACUAAUGCCUCCUGUUGCGCUUCAAGCCCUCCUGCCCUUGCGUCCCCUGGGCCUUUCUCUGGCCUUGUCUACAAGAAUGUCACCGUGCCUGUCUACACAGCCCUGAAGGGGAGAGCCACGCAGAUCAGCACCGUGCCUUUUGUGGACGAAUCCUCUGGGUCCGAUGAUGACCGCAGCUCUCAGGCGAGUUUCCGAACUUCGGUCCCCUGCUCUGAGUCCAGGAAGACCAGCGGACUGGGCAGCCCCCGGGCCAUCAAGAGAGGCGUCUCCAUGUCCUCGCUGAGCUCGGAAGGUGACUACGCCAUCCCCCCGGAUGCCUGCUCGCUGGACAGCGACUACUCCGAGCCAGAGCACAAACUGCAGCGGACCUCGUCCUACUCCGCCGAGUGGCCCGGCCUGGGCGGGGAGUCAUUGGAGAAGUCAGGCUACCUGCUAAAACUGGGGAGCCGGGUGAAGACGUGGAAGAGGCGCUGGUUUGUCCUGAGACAGGGACAGAUUAUGUACUACAAGUCCCCGAGUGAUGUCAUCCGGAAACCUCAGGGUCAAGUGGAACUGAAUUCCCGUUGCCAAAUUGUUCGAGGGGAAGGUGCACAGACAUUCCAGCUUAUCUCUGAGCAGAAAACCUAUUACCUGACGGCGGACUCACCGGGCCUGCUGGAGGAGUGGAUCCGAGUACUGCAGAGCCUGCUGAAGGUCCAGGCCGUGGGGCCUCCAGCCCCGCCGCGGGAUGGCACCAAACCCACUGUGAAAGGCUGGCUGACCAAGGUAAAACAUGGCCAUUCCAAGCUGGUCUGGUGUGCUCUUGUUGGGAGAACCUUCUACUACUAUCGAAGUCAUGAGGACAAGCGACCCCUGGGCCAUCUGCCUGUGCGGGACGCGCGCAUAGAGGAAGUAGAUCGAUCCUGUGACUCAGACGAGGACUACGAGGCUGGAGGAAGCCGGCGGUUGCUCUCCUCCCACCGCACCCUGGCGAUCCACCCCCCAGAGCACAGCCCCACCUACCUCCUCAUUGGCACCAAGCAUGAAAUGGACACGUGGCUGUACCACCUCACCGUGGCUGCAGGGGGCAGCAGUGCUCGGGUCGGCACUACCUAUGAGCAGCUCAUUGGAAAACUGAUGGACGGGGAGGGAGACCCAGAUUCCCCUCUCUGGAGGCACCCCAUGCUGUGUUACAGCAAGGACGGGCUGUACAGCUCUCUCACCACCCUGCCCUCGGAGGCCCUGCAGACGGAGGCUCUCAAGCUCUUCAAGUCCUGCCAGCUCUUCAUCAACGUGCCCGUGGAAGCAGCCUCGGUGGACUACCACGUGUCUCUGGCCCAGACGGCCCUGCAGGUCUGCCUGGUUCACCCCGAGCUGCAGAGCGAGAUCUACUGCCAGCUCAUGAAGCAGACCAGCUGCCGCCCGCCUCAGAAGUGCUCUCUCAUACAGUGCUGGCAGCUCCUGGCUCUGUGCGCCCCACUCUUCCUGCCUCAGCACCACUUCCUCUGGUACGUCAAACAGCAGCUCCAGCGCCACGCGGACCCCAGAAAUGAAACUGGCCAGUAUGCCGCCUACUGCCAACGGGCUGUGGAGCGGACGCUGCAGACUGGGGAGCGGGAGGCCAGGCCGUCCCGCAUGGAAGUGGUGUCCAUCCUGCUGCGCAACCCCUUCCACCACUCCUCACCCUUCAGCAUCCCCGUGCAUUUCGCCAAUGGGACUUACCAGGUGGUCGGUUUUGAUGGCUCCUCCACAGUUGAUGAGUUCCUCCAGCAUCUGAACCAAGAGACCGGCAUGAGGAAGUCCUCCCACUCUGGCUUUGCCCUCUUCACAGACGAUCCUUCCGGCAGAGACCUGGAACACUGCCUGCAGGGGAGCAUCAAGAUCUGUGAUGCCAUCUCCAAGUGGGAGCAAGCCCUGAAGGAGCUGCACCCUGGCAAGGCCGAGGGUGGCACACGUGUUGUGAAGCUGAUGUACAAGAACAGGCUGUACUUUCGGAGUCAGGUCAGAGGGGAGACGGAGCGGGAGCGGCUGCUGCUGGCGUCCCAGACUAGCGGGGAGGUAGUGGCAGGGAGGUUUCCUGUCAACAAGGAGCUGGCUCUUGAGAUGGCUGCCCUGAUGGCCCAGGUAGAAUAUGGGGACUUAGAGAGGCCCAGCCCUCCAGGCCCUGGGAGCACACCCCCUGCCAAGGUUCAGCAUCACCUCCAGCAGGUCCUGGACAGGUUCUACCCGAGGCGCUACAGACAUGGGGCACCCCCUGAACAGCUGAGGCACCUGGCAGAUCUGCUGACCACAAAGUGGGCAGCCCUGCAAGGCUGCUCCCCUCCUGAGUGCAUCCGCAUCUACCUGACAGUGGCCCGGAAAUGGCCUUUUUUUGGUGCUAAGCUCUUUGCUGCUCAGCCUGCACAGAGGUCUUCCAAGGAGAGCACUCUGGUGUGGAUUGCUGUGAAUGAGGAUGGUGUCAGCAUCCUGGACCACAACACUAUGCAAGUGCACAUCACUUACCCCUACUCUUCAGUAAUGACCUUCGGCGGCUGCCGGGAUGACUUCAUGCUUGUGAUUAGAUCCAUUCCAGACCAGAGCUCUGCGAAAGGCCACAUUGAGAAGUUGCUCUUCCGGAUGGCUGCUCCCAAGAUUGCAGAGGCUACGUUCAUCAUGGCCAGCUACAUGAACCAUUGCUCUGCAACUGUGAAGCCCCCCACCAGCCCACCUGCUGCCCACCAGCUAUGGGAACUGGAUGGACAACAGUUCUUUGCUUCUGUUCCCUGUGCUGCCAGAGGGCCAACGUUGCUGUGAAUGUUUCUCCUACCCCCCCCCCCCCCCCCCCCUGCCGAACCUGGUGCCUCUGGGAUUAGAGAUCUGUAUCCUGGGGUAUGACACUACUGUGAUGGGCCUGACAGCCCUCCCCCAACCCCACCCUGUUCUAUGAAAUGUGUAUUUCAGUGUCCAUGAAGCCUUUACUCUCUAGGUGCCUUGUUUCAGGGCCCAACUUUUAAAAAUCCAGACCCAGUAUAGAAACCACUUUUUCUCACCAGAAUACUGAGCUCUGGAUGCUGCCCGAUUCUAGACACAGACUGGGAUGGUCCACUGUUACUGGUUACUGAGGGCAUCGGUGAUGUAAAUUAAGGCUUUCUGCACUGAUACUCUCAGGGAGGGCUAGUAUCUUUUAUAUUGUACAUGGUCUUUAUGUGGGGAUUUAUACUUGAAGUUUUCCCAACAUCCCUGAACAAGAUAGGACUAAAAUUUCCAAUUCACCUGAACUGUGACAAAAGCCUGGAACUCCCUAAAACUGGACUUCCAUUCCCAGAUGGGAAAGGUAUUGGCAGGGCUGGAGAAAAAGGAACAGACUCACCUUUUCCCUUCCCCACUGCAAAUGAGUAGGCAUUGGCAGUGCCCCUCUGGGGCAGCAGCUCCUGU